AUGUUCAGUAACCCCCAAGCAAGCUCAUCCUCGUUAUACGGGGCGUUGACACCAACGGCAAAGCGGGAUCGGCACGUUGUACCAGGCGAAAUGGAAGAAGUCACUGCUAGGGAGCAAAGAAGCCAACAUAACACGCAACGUGAUGAUCUUCCAUCGCGGAGCGAUAAUGACGUAUCUGGAAUACGUAGCUCGGUGACUGUGGAUCUCCCACGUGCUGGUCACUCGACCUCGCUCGGGUCAACCGGACCUAGACAUCAAUUACAGCCAAUUGGAGGCAAAUAUAAUUACAGCCUGCCUUCUCACACGCCCUCGGAGACUACGUAUGUCCUCGAGGAAGCCCAGGGCAAGAGUCUGUGUGAUAGGCUGGGUAAUGUCCACUUUUCCCCUCAGCUCAACGAAAGGCAAGGCCGCGUUGAGCAGGGUCGAACACACGUAUCACGCAAUGCAACACGGUCAACAAAGACGACAGCAUCCUUCGAUGCUUUUUCUUCGAGGUCUGCACACUGCGCACAUCCAGGGGAUGUUGCCGGUGGUUUUCGGGGCCCGAGCGCUGGGGAGUACUCAGCUGCAUGUCACCCUGACUUCAUUCCCGGACACGAGCAUGUAGGACCCUCCGACCAAGCUUGGUAUGGUGACGUCAGUACCCAAGAACUCGUACACCCAGCAUCGACGAUCUCAGGCUUUACCUGCAAUCUUCCUUACGAGUUUGACGACCGUCACAUUUAUAGCAGCGACGGGUCAAGUUCUUCAUAUGAUCCGUCAUCGUUUACGGAUGGAUUUGUGCAAGACACCGCACGCACGGGAAGGACUAGUCAGCCAAAUGCCAGUCCCUCGCAGCCUUCUCAAACUCCAUCCCCGAUCGACUUGCGACAUCGACGUGCACGCGAUGAGCCGUAA